CGCCCUGUCCCUCCCAGUCUAACCAGUAGCUGUCUGUGCCGCAGCGCCCUGGAGGCCCUCAUUAACUUCGCCUACAGCGGCCGCGUGGCCAUCGACCAGCAGAACGUCCAGGCGCUGCUGAUUGGCUCCAGCUUCCUGCAGCUGCAGAACGUGAAGGACGCCUGCUGCUCCUUCCUGCAGGAGAGGCUGCACCCCAAGAACUGCCUGGGCGUGCGUCAGUUCGCGGAGGCCAUGAUGUGCACGGCGCUGUACGACGCGGCCAACGGCUUCCUGCAGCGGCACUUCGUGGAGGCGGCGCUGUCCGAGGAGUUCCUGGCGCUGCGGGCCGAGGAGGUUCUGGAGCUGAUGGGCUGCGACGAGCUCAACGUCAAGGCCGAGGAGCAGGUGUUUGAGGCGGCGCUGGCUUGGGUCCACCACGACCGGGACCGGAGGAAGACUCUGCUGCCGGAGCUGCUGGCCAAGAUCCGACUUCCUCUCUGCCGGCCGCGCUUCCUGUCCGACCGCGUCCAGCAGGACGAGCUGAUCCGCUGCUGCCACCGGUGCAGGGACCUGGUGGACGAGGCCAAAGACUUCCACCUGGUCCUGGAGCGCCGGCCUCACCUGCCCUCCUUCAAGACGCGGCCGCGGUGCUGCACCUCCGUCUCGGGGCUCAUCUACGCCGUGGGCGGCCUCAACAGCUCAGGUGACUCCUUGAACCUGGUGGAGGUGUUUGACCCGGUGGGGAACUUCUGGGAGCGCUGCCAGCCAAUGAGGACGGCCCGCAGUCGAGUGGGCGUGGCCGUCGUUAACGGCCUGCUGUACGCCAUCGGCGGAUACGACGGCCAAUCGCGGCUCAGCACGGUGGAGGUGUACAACCCAGAGACGGACGGCUGGACUCAGGUGUCCAGCAUGAACAGCCAACGCAGCGCCAUGGGAACCGUGGUCAUCGACGGCCAUAUCUACGUCUGCGGCGGAUACGACGGGAAAUCCUCUCUGAACUCUGUGGAGUGUUACUCUCCAGAAACCGACAGGUGGAGCGUGGUGACGGAGAUGAGCGUGAGUCGCAGCGCCACCGGUGUCACCGUGUUCGACGGCCGGAUCUUCGUGUCGGGCGGCCAUGACGGCCUGCAGAUCUUCAACACGGUGGAGUACUACAACCACCACACGGACCGCUGGAAGCCGGCGCCGGCCAUGCUCAACAAGCGCUGCCGUCACGGCGCCGCGGCGCUCGGCAGCCACAUGUAUGUUGCUGGUGGCUACGACGGCUCCGGCUUCCUGAGCGGCGUGGAGGUGCUGGCCGGCGUGUCGGGCCAGUGGAGCCUCCUGGUGGCCAUGAACACGCGGCGCAGCCGCGUGUCGCUGGUGUCGACGGCGGGCCGGCUGUACGCCGUGGGCGGCUACGACGGCCAGUCCAACCUGAGCUCGGUGGAGAUGCUGAACCCCGACACCAACCGCUGGGCGUUCAUGGCGCCCAUGGCGAGUCACGAGGGCGGCGUCGGCGUCGGCUGCGUCCUGCUGCAGCCCGCCUAGGAGGGGGCGGAGCCUCCGGCGCUGACCAGAGCUUCUCGAUAGGACGGAGAGGCUAGCCUCCCUUGGCAUUCUGGGAAAAACUGUAGAGCUGGCAGCGGCUGCUACGAUUAAUUACUGGCUUCUGAUUGGUCAGAGGGAGACCCAUAGAGCUGCUAGCUGUAGCGACAGCACCUGGAGGGGCGGGGCUUCCGGAGAGGGGCGGGGCUUCAUGACCUGCAGGGGUGGAGUCGCAGAGCCAACAGACAGAGGAGGCGGAGCUUCAAGGAGGUGGUGGAGGUGACAUCAUCAGCACCUGGUCAGGUGCUUCCAGGACGUUUCCAGGUGACAGACCUGGAAUCCGGCGCAUGAACAGCUCAGCGCUUCGCGUUGUUCAGAUAACUUAAUAUAAAUAAUUUAUUCAAGAUAAA